GACGUCUAAUAAAUACUAUCAGACAGUUAGGUGACCGAACAGUUCAACGUCUCGAAGCCACAAACUACCAUGUCUCUAGUAAAUCUUUUGGCCGUGGUUGCCUGCUUCGCUUUGUCAGUACCAUCCAAUGAUGGUGCCAGAAUUCUGGGGUUUUUCCCAUUUCCAUCUAUCAGUCAUCAAGUCGUAUUCAGACCACUGAUGCACGAACUCGCUCGAAGAGGCCACGACGUGACAGUCAUCACACCAGAUCCAGCCUUUCCUAAAGGAGGAACUCCUGCCAAUUUCACCGAGAUCGAUGUCCACGAUGCAUCAUACCGCCUGUGGCACGAACAAUUUGUGGCUACACCAAAAGGCCAGAAAGGGAAUUUAGUAAAAGAUUUUAAUAUCAUUUACAAGCUGACUGUAAAAAUAAUAGAUACGCAGUUAAAAGACGCAGAAGUGCAAAGAUUGCUUAACGAUAAAAACCAGACAUUUGAUCUGGUAAUCGUUGAAGCGAUGAUGAGACCCGCGGUAGUACUUUCGCACAUUUACAAAGCUCCAGUGAUCCUAAUGAGUUCCUUUGGAACGUUCAGUGACAAUUACGCAGUUAUGGGUGCGCCUAUCCAUCCGUUUUUGUACCCUUUCACUGUGAGUAGAAGAUUGCAUAGUACAUCUUUAUGGGAUAAAAUUGGACAUUUAUACGAUUACAUAAUGAUUGAAAUGAUACAUAGAAACAACUACAUUGAAGAGAAUCGAAUGCUUCGAUCACAUUUUGGACCAGACCUCCCUUUAAUUGAAGAGAUAAACAACAAUGUUGCUAUGAUGUUUUUGAAUCUGUACCCAGUUUUUGAAGGAAACCAUCCCGUUCCUCCCUCUGUUAUACACAUGGGUGGUAUUCAUCAGAUUCCUGACAAGCCUCUACCUCAGGAGUUAAAAUCAUACCUAGAUUCUUCUAAAAAUGGCGUAAUUUACGUCAGUUUUGGAACUAACGUGGAUCCAGCAUUGUUUCCGCCGGAGAAAAUUGCAACAUUCGUACGAACAUUCUCCCGAUUGCCUUACGACGUGCUAUGGAAGUGGAACAAGGACGAACUGCCGGGAAAAACAGACAAUAUCAAGAUAUCUAAGUGGCUUCCACAGUCCGACCUGCUGAAACACCCAAAAAUCAAAGCAUUCAUCACACAAGGAGGUCUGCAAUCAACAGACGAAGCUAUAACUGCAGGAGUACCUCUGAUUGGAGUACCAAUGUAUGGAGACCAAUGGUACGAUGUAGUCAAAUAUGAAAAACUAAAAAUUGGAGUCAAACUGGAAUUAGACACCAUUAAUGAUGAAGAUCUGGAAAAUGCGAUACACAAAGUCAUUGAUGAUGACAGUUACCGUCGCAAUAUAAAGAAACUACGCGAGCUGAUGACUGAUGAACCAAUGUCACCACUAGAACGAGUCGUGUGGUGGACGGAGCACGUGCUGCGUCACGGCGGCGCGAGCCAUCUGCGUGGACCUGCAGCCAACAUGUCGUGGACAGAGUACCUCGAACUAGAGCUAGUACUAACACUUCUCCUAGCUCUGAUCAUCACCACAGCUACCAUCGUUCUGCUAGCAAAGUAUAUAUAUGACAAAGUUUUAAGAAAAUAUGUCGAUGUUAUUAAAAUUAAGCGCGCUACAUUGUUCAAUUCUCGUCUCCAAUCAAGCAGGUCACGUACAAUGGCGCUCCCAUUGUUCAUUGUCACGUGUUUCACUUUGGCGUUCGUACCAAAUGAAGCCGCAAGAAUUCUCGGAGUGUUCCCAGUACCGUCGAUCAGUCACCAAGUGGUAUUUCGUUCUAUAACCCAAGAACUUGCUCGGAGAGGUCAUGAGCUGGUGAUCAUCACUCCAGACCCAGCCUUUCCAAAAGGCAAAACCCCUGCAAAUCUCACAGAAAUCGACGUCCAUGAUGUAGCUUACAAAAUGUGGAGAGACGACAUUCAAGACAUAGCUAUAGGAGAAAUCCAUGGGAUAUUAUCCGAAUAUGCCAUUAUAAUGAAAUUAAUGGCUAAAGUGCUCGAUGUGGAAUUAAAAGAAGAACAAGUACAAAAAUUACUGAAUGAUAAAAGUCAAAAAUUUGAUUUGAUAUUAGCCGAAGCCUGUGUUAGAUCAGCCGUUGUGUUCUCUCAUAUUUAUAAAGCGCCAGUGAUUUUGAUUAGUUCGUUUGGACCGUUUCUGGAUAAUUACAAUGUGAUGGGUGCUCCAUCCCACCCACUGCUGUACGCCAAUAAUAUGAGUCGAAGAUUUAAUAAUUUGACCAUGUGGGAUAAAAUUGUGAAGUUAUACUACCGGUAUAAUAUCGAAGUGAUGUUAAACAAGAACUACGCUUAUGAAAAUAAUAUGCUCAGGUCACACUUUGGACCUGAUCUGCCUCCAAUUGAAGAAAUGUAUAAUAACGUAGCAAUGUUCUUCUUGAAUCUCCAUCCGAUCUUUGAAGGCAACUAUCCUGUACCUCCGUCUGUAGUGCACAUUGGUGGUAUUCAUCAGGGUCCUGAAAAAGAAUUGCCAAAGGACCUCCAAAAUUACUUGGACUCAUCCAAAAAUGGUGUGAUCUACGUAAGCUUCGGCACAAAUGUAGAACCAUCAACGUUGCCUGCUCAGAAGCUGAAAGUUCUAGUCGAUGUCCUGUCCAGAGUACCCUAUGAUGUACUCAUUAAGUGGAACAAAGAUGUCCUGCCUGGCAUUGGAUCCAACAUCAAAUUAUCUAAGUGGCUGCCUCAGACUGAUUUGCUGAGACAUCCCAAAGUAAAGCUGUUCAUAACACAAGGAGGUUUACAAUCGACAGACGAAGCUAUAUUAGCUGGAGUGCCUCUGAUUGGUCUUCCAAUGUGGGGAGACCAAUGGUACAAUGUAGAAAGAUACGAACGCCUUAGAAUUGGGCUCAAUCUGGACAUCAAGACGCUUACUGAAGAAGUAUUCGAGAAUGCUAUCAAUGAUGUUAUACAAAAUGAAAGCUACCGUCGCAACAUUCAAAGACUGAACACCUUAAUUCGUGAUCAGCCUCAACCUCCUCUAGAGCGAGCCAUAUGGUGGACGGAGCACGUAUUGCGUCACGGCGGCGCGAGCCAUCUGCGUGGACCUGCAGCCAACAUGUCGUGGGCAGAGUACCUCGAACUAGAAUUAGUACUAGUCAUAGCUUUAGUAUUAUUAUUGGCCUUAGCCUUAUCUAUAUUAGCUUUCUAUUAUUUUUAUAAUAAUGUUUUAAGACAGUACUUAAUUGCUGGUAAGGUUAAAAGGAGUUAA